CAAAGUUCGCUCCAUGGCUACUAGAACUAGUAGAGUUGUUACCAUUACACUACUAGUGCUCCUAGGUGCAACCAUAUGCUCCGCCGCUAGAACCCUUCUCUCUCUAGAGGCCGGAGCCUACGGCGUUGGCCAUGGCAUCGGCAUCGGUGGCGGGGGCAGCUACGGCGGCGGAGGUGCCGCUGCUGGAGGUUCUGGUGGUGGAGGUGGCGGCGGCAGCGGGAGUGGCGGCGGCGGAGGCUACGGUGGAGAGCAGGGAAUUGGCUACGGGAGCGGUGAAGGCGGCGGUAGUGGCGGCGGUUACGGCGCCAGUGGAGCAGGAGGAGGAGGAUAUGGCGGUGGUGGAGGAGGCGGCAGCGGCGGUGGCGUGGGGUACGGCGCGGGAGGAGGGCAUGGCGGAGGGUAUGGCUCCGGCGGGGGCGAAGGAUAUGGAGGGGCGGGCGGCCAUGGCGGAGGCGGCGGCGGAGGAAACGGCGGAGGUGGCGGGUACGGCAGUGGAGGUGAGCACGGAGGGGGGUACGGUAGCGGCGGUGGAGAGGGAGGCGGUGCAGGGUACGGCGGCGGAGGGGAGCACGGCGGAGGGUACGGUGGUGGAGGAGGAAGCGGCGGAGGUGGCGGCGGUGCUUACGGGGGUGCAGGAGGGUAUGGUGGUGGUAGCGGCGGCGGCGGCGGCGGCGGUGGCGGCGCCGGUGGUGUUGGUGGGUAUUAUGCUGGGUUGCAUAAUGGGUACAUUCCAUGAAGUUGGGAGUACGAAAACAGCCCCAAGCUACCGCCGUAUCUUGAGCAACUACUAGUGCCAAUAAAGAAGUGUGCUUAUUAUUAUAAUUCGUGCCUAUGAUUAUGAUAUAUAAUAUGUGUAAUUAAGGGAGGGGUUUGAUGAUUUCUUAUGUUGGGUUGGAAUGCUAUUUGUCGUUGGAACUACCGUUAUAAUUCGUUGUAACAUGUGAAAUCAACGAAUGAAGUAAUGAAAACAGCAUUAAUUAGCUUAA